GAUGUGCAUCACCUCCGCACUGUGACCGAAACAUGUCAACUUUGUCUCGCCGAAAUUCUUUCCUACCAUCUUACUGCUUCCACAGUGAAUAUCAUAUACGUUGGCUUAUGUUUAUAGACAGUAAUUUACCUUGUUGGACUCAUUUUAAAACAGUUAAAUAAUGCCCAAGAAUAAGAAUACCAAGAAACGUGGAGGUAAGUUACCAUUCACCCUCUUGUUACUUUACACCUCUCACAUGUUGCGCCAUCUUUGGCUUCCUUUUUAAUUAUACAUCAUAAACAUGUUUUCAUGGUUGGUCAUACCAUAUGUUUCGUUAUUUCCACCUAGAUAAAUCGGUUUGAUCUGUAUGUUUUUAGACUUAUUCAGAAGCUGAUAUUUUGUAAAUUUUAGCCUAAUAUUAACAAUUUUAAAAGAUAUCACUACUGAUACAGUUGAAUUAACUUCAAUGACUUCAAAAUUAAUUUAAGUUUAAGCCUAACAACUGAGUCAAAGUUAUUGAGUAAAAAUUAAAAAUAGUAUGACUACCGGCUAACUACUCUUUAAACUUUAAAGGUGCAUGAGUUUCAUUGAGUAUACCAAAUUCUUGUUACAAUCUGUAAGCAGUUUAGUGUUUGUUGGGGAUAUCACCACAUAUUUAACAUAAUUAUUAAUUUUAUAAUACUAGCCUACACUGAUUUACGUAGAUGAAGUGAAGUGUUGUGUUUUUAUUUUUAGUUAGUAUAAGUUAGUAUUAGUCUUUGUUGACGUUGACCAUUACUUGAAAACUUGAUGAACUUGGUAAUUAGUACUUAACUAACUAGGCUAAACAAACAUUGUUAGUGCAUUUAAACGUGUCUUUAAAAGAAAGACUUUUUUAAAAUCAAUUAGAAUUUUUAACAUUUAAUUUUAAUUAUCAUGUAGGAAAAUUGUACGUGAUCUGAUCUGAUGAAGCAUAGUUUAAGAAUUAAGAAUUAGUUUAUCAAAAUAGCCUUUAACUUUAAUAGAAACCUGAAUCAAGGUCACCAUCCCAUACUUUGUAUAAAACAUAAGUCCAUAUUGGUUUAUUCUAUCAUAAGUUUCAAGUAUAGAACGAAAUGUAUUUCUUAUGUAGGAGGGAAAGCUCAAGGUCAAGAUGGUGCCACUCUGCCUGUCCCACGUCAAAAAAAUGAUGAAGAUGAUGAUGAAAGUUUGGAUCAUUGGAGCACCCAGAGUGUGUUAUCAGAUAAUUCAAGUUGGCCUGGUUCAGGUAGGUUAUGGAAAGUCAAGACUCAUGUGUAUUAGUUAGAACAAAUUCAGUUUACCUCCUUGUGUACCCUAAGAUGAGAAAAAUAAUGAGAGGACCAGUGGUGCAUGUUUUUUCUGAUUAAGACUUUGUAUUUUUCCUUUGUACUUCAAUUUCCUUCUUAUGCUCAUGGUCACUUUAUUAGUAGUUUCUUACUGUCCUUAAGUACGAUACUGGGUUUCAUUUGGAUGAUAUUAAGAAAAUUUAAACCCAAACUUAUUCUUAACAGACCACUAAAAAUAGCGGGAUUGUGGACUGUUUUUUUAACUAGAUAUUAAAAUGUCACACUUUAUAAGUAAAAAAAAAAUUUAAUACAGAUCUAGCUGCAGCAGGGGAGGAAUCAUCUGAGGACACAUCACAGCAGGAAAUGUUUGAAGAGAAAUUUUCAGAAAACAUGGAUGGAACAUUAGAAAAAAGGUAUAAAUUAUGGUUUUGGAUUAAAAUGUGUAGUGGUUUUGUAUGUAUACAAAUUUGCACCAAUGUAACUUUAUUAACACAGUUUACUUUUCAAGUCUUGCUAAGUUUUUAUCUCUUGUAGCUGUAUGUUUAGUUAAAUAUACAUUGUGGCAUCUUGAAUUUAAAAAAUAAAUUUUGUUUCAGUGCAAAGACUCGUUUAACUGCUUUACAAGGCAUCCAGAAAGCAUUACAGAAGAAGUAUGUUGCUGAUUAUUUGUUUGAUAGGUAAGAGAAAAGGUCUAUUAAAAUUAAAUAUCAUUUUUAAUUCUCAUAUUCAGUGCUAAGAUAUGUCUUAGAUGUUAAUAUGUAUUAUGAUAUAACAGAUAUUUGAAAGGGGUGGUGGGGUGUUUUCAUGUGUUUUGAAUUAAUUUCCCAUAUUUAGUUUCCAUAAUAAGAACCAACAUAAUGUGUGGAUUAAAUUUAUCUUGAUCCAAAGGUGGUUUUAGAUAAAAUAAAACUGCCUAAAAAGGUUCAAAUUUUUUGUGUUAACAUGGUAUUACAUUGUUUAAAUCUUAAAAUAUUUCAAUUGAAGAAUUUUUGAUGAAAGGGAAUUCUUCUAUUUGGAUAAUGUGCUUCUUUAAAAGGAAGGAGACCUUGACAGACCAUCUUGUAAAAUGUCUGAGGAAGGGAAAAUGGGAUGAACAAGAAUUGGCUGCUUCCUGUUUGAGCCUAGUUGCAGUUCAGCUUGGCUCAGAUGCCUCUAGUGUGUUUGACACAGUCCAGCCUAUCCUUACCAGUCUCAUGAUGGAUAAUUCGACCCACUACAAGGCUAGGGGCGCUUGUGCUACAACAUUGGCUACAAGCUGUUUUUUGAGCUCUGAUGAUCUGGAGGUAACUUAAUUACUUGAAUAUUUGAGUACUUAUUUGCUGUCUUAUAGUUAUAGUGUCUUUUUUUUUUUUAAAUGUUGAUGUAUAUCUCAUGAUUUGUCCAGGGUCCUGAUUAAAAAAAUGCAUGAGACAAGCAGAUUUAUAGAAUAUUUUUACCUGUAAAGAUUUUGUUUAAUUUUGUAAAGUUUAAAUGUUCAAGUAACUAUUGCCUUAUCCUCUAAAACUUGCUAUUAUAAUUUCAAUCAGGUGAUAGUAAUAUAAUUUCAAUAUAGAUCAUUAGAUCAUACUUUAUUUCUAGAAAGCAAAGUUUCUAACUAAUGCAUUGGAGGAUAUAUUCCGUAUGGGGUACGGGAAAGGAGAAAAUUCCCCCACUGUUCCAUCAGAGCUAAGCUGGCUGAUUUGUCAAGCACUGAGUGCUUGGUGCUUGCUGUUGACCAUUUCACCCUCUUACGAAGUGCAGACACAUAUAAAUAAGUAAGUCGGUUUUAAUAAUCUUACUGAAUAUGUAAAAACUUUUUUUGUACCAAAAGAUGCCCACAGGGAAAGAAGACCCCUAAACGUCUAAAUAUCACAAAGUUGAAAAGCCCCAACAUUAAGAAAUCCUAUGUGGAUGCUCUGGAAGAACGUAUGGAGUUCACACUACUGGAAAAUGACGUCGAAGCAAACUGGGCAUCACUUAGAUCUAUAUUGUCUAGCACCGCCAUGGAGUUUCUGGGGCCAAGCUCGAAAAAACAUCAGGAUUGGUUUGAUGAUAACUGACAUAAUCAAGCAACUGCUCGAGGAAAAACACUGUUUUCACCACGCUUCCCUAAACAACCCGAGGUCAAUCCCAUGAAAGAUGCGUACAAAAGUAUAAGAAGAACUAUUCAGCAGAAACUGCGUCUAAUGCAGAAUAAAUGGUUGAGCGUCAAGGCCGACGAGCGCCAAGGCUAUGGGGACUGACAUGACCUAAAAAGCCUCCCUGAAAGCUUUCAACAUAAACCCAGACAUGUAGGAGGAACAAGCAAAGGAUCGAACUUCAUGGCUUUCCACUUUGCACAGGAGCUCCAUGCAACACAAAGUUGGCAAAAUAGCGGCUGCAGAGCUCAAGAGACAUGCCAGGAAGGCCCGGUCUGAUUCUGCUCCAGGAGAUGCGCCAUCAUUCCCCUUACUCCUACUGCACAAGAGAAUUUCGUGCCUGACUCAGCCUCAUUAGCAAUCUGCGCACCCACAGAGAGAACCAACACAAAUUCUGAUGAUUAAAGUGGUCAUGGUCGACCCCCGACUGACGAACAACAUUUUGAGGGGAAAACGUUUCAUAAAAGCCAAUCAUUUUUAUCACCUACCUCAAGUGUCCACUUCUGGAACUUCUCUGUCAAGCUCUCAAUUUAUGUUUCCAUAUAUGAAACCCUGAUUACAGAGAUUUGAUAGUCACUGAAGUGUGUGUACUGGAACAGUACAUUUUACAAGAAGAAGACAUAUACUCCAAUAUGAAAAUAUGUUUUCUGCUUGUGGAAGCUAAAUUCCUGCUCUAGAUCCCAGAGACUAGACUCAUUGCUAAACUUUCCUCAGCAUUUUAACAUUUUCUAAUUGAUGUUUAAUUGCAAUUACUAGGAAAUUUAAUAAAUAAAUACCUGUAUACACCAUUAUAGGUUAAUUUUGCUCUAGUGUCUUGCAUAUUGUUUUUACUUUUAAAAAUCAACAAUGAGGCAGACUAUAUUCUGUAUAUUUAUUUUUACAAAAUAUUUGAUAUAUUAAAAUACAUUGUAUUAUUAUAUAAACUUAAUUAAUAGUAUAAUAAUAAUAUAAUUGAUUUGAAUAAUGCUAAUAUCACUCGAUCUGGUAUAGUUUUUCUUUGUUUACUGAUUUUUAGCAGAUUAAAUUUGUUAAACUUUAUAACGGUACCGUACCUGUAUGUAAAAAAAAAAUUGGAAUUUUUAAAAAAAUAUAAUUUUUGUUGAGCACUUGAAACUAUUAGUACUCUAAUGGUAGGUGCUUUUUUCACUAAAUUAAGGCCAACAACCGUUUUUGAGUGAAUGUUAAUUUUAUAAAUUAUCUGCUGAUAAAAUAUUUAGAGAGCAAAAAACACAGGUGUAAUUAUGAAGAAAUUGCAUUUUAUUAAUUCACACCGGGGCUGAGUGAAGAAGCCCUGCAGUAGAGUGUAAUAUAGCCUGCCACCAUCCCUUUUAGCAUUGCUAUAUUAUUACACUACAUUAUUAUUAUACUAUUAAGUUUAUAUAAUAAUACAAUGUAUUUUAAUAUAUCAAAUAUUUGUAAAAAUAGUACACUAGAGGCUCUCCGAACCGCAAAAAAAUUAUCACAGCAGGCGGCCCGCCACUGUGCCAACACUUACUGGCUAGACCAUUGCAACUUCAUACAAUUGGCUUCAGACAACGGAGAUGCAAAGAGCAUGCACGAGGGCAUCAAGAGGGCAUUUGGUCCACACAUGUCAAAAAUAGCACCACUCAAGUCCAAGGCGGGUGAAAUUAUCAAGAAUCCAAAUGAUCAACUCCGUCAUUGGGUAGAGCUUGAGCUAUACUCUACAAUGAAUGUAGUCACUGAGACCGCUCUGCAUAAUAUUCCCGCCUUGUCAGUAAUGAAUGAACUGGAUGAAGAGCCAACUUUACAGGAGCUCGAAAAAGCUAUCGAUUACCUUGCGGAUGGGAUCGACGGCAUCCCAGCGGAAAUCCUCAAAAAUGGAAAACCUAUCCUACUUCAGCCUUUACAUGAGACGUCAACAUCGUAACAUUGUAUAAAAAUAAAGGGGACCGAAGUGAUUGCAAUAGCUACCGAGGUAUUUCUCUCCUUAGCUUAGUUGGAAAGACUUUUGCCCGUGUUGCCCUUAAACGAUUGCAGAGUCUGGCGAACCGCAUCUACCCAGUGUGGCUUCAGGAGUGGGCGCUCAACAAUAGACAUGAUAUUUUCGCUACGCCAAAUCCAGGAGAAAUGUCGUGAACAGCAUAUGCCUCUUUAUAUUGCCUUCAUAGACCUGAAAAAGGCAUUUGACUUGGUAAGUCGAAGAGCCUUUUCAGUAUCUUGCAUAGAAUAGGUUGUCCCCCACGACUGCUCACAAUAAUACAAUCAUUUCACAAAAACAUGCACAGCACAGUAACUUUCAAUGGCACUGUCUUUGAGUCAUUCCCAGUUAGCAGCGGUGUAAAACAGGGUUGUGUACUGGCACCAACGCUCUUUUCCAUUUUCUUUUCGAUGCUCCUUCAAUUUGCCUUCAGGGACUGUGAAGAGGGAGUGUUCAUCCAUACCAGAUCUGAUGGUAGGCUGUUCAAUAUCACCCGCCUUCGUGCAAAGACCAAAUUAGAAAAGGUGCUGAUUCGUGAACUGCUGUUCGCUGACGAUGCCGCCUUAACAUCUCACACAGAAGAAGGUCUGCAGGGGCUGGUUAAUCGUCUAUCACACUUUUGUAAAGAGUUUGGACUUUCGAUUAGUCUACAGAAAACUCAUGUAAUGAUGCAAGAAGCACCGUCCCUCCAAUCAUAUCUAUUGAGGGUCAUAAUCUUUCGGUUGUUGAUUAUUUCACAUACCUGGGAUCCAAUAUUUCUAGUUCUCUCUCUGUUGAUGAAGAGAUAAAUAUCAGGAUCGUAAAAGCAGUAGCAACUAUGGCUAAACUGAAUAAGUGGGUGUGGAAUAAUCUCAAUCUAACUGAUAAAACAAAAAUAAGUGUCUAUCAGACAUGCGUGCUUAGCACGCUCCUAUAUGGUAGCAAAGUGUGGACCACAUACACCAGUCAGGGGCGGAAACUCAACAGCUUCCAUCAAAGAUAUCUGCGUAGCAUUUUACGCAUUCAUUGGCAGGACAGGGUACCUAACAUGGAGGUUUUGGAACAUGCACACAUGUUUAGCAUAUUCUCCUUUCUUAUCAAGAGGCGCCCUUGCUGGUUAGGUCAUUUACGGAGAAUGGAGGAAGGAUGUAUUCCAAAGAUACUGCUGUAUGGAGAGCUGGUAGAGGGGACAAGACAAAUUGGACGACCACGCCUGAGAUUUAUUGACGUUUGCAAACGAAGCUUGAGGGAAGCCAAUAUUGAAAAAAACGAAUGGGAGUUCAUUGCCAAACAUCGCUCCAACUGGCGAACAGCAGUGUUUAAAGGAGUAAAAAAGGCAGAAACGAGGCCCUUGAAUCAAAAAGAACAAUUCGGAAAUCAAAAUCUGACCGGGAUUCAAUAUUCUCCUGCGAGAGAUGAGGCCAUGAUUGUCAUUCUAGGGUUGGCCUAGUGAGCCACUCGUCAAAGUGUAGAACUAUAUAGCUACUCCAUCGUCUCACGAAGAAGGAUGCCAUAUAUUAUUAAAAUUAAAAUUGAAUAUUGUCAAGUAUGUUUUUUUUUUCAUUUUUAUCACUCUUGUUGUCCUGUAUUAUUAUUUAACAAAUUUUUUAUAAUAAAUUUUAAGUGUCUUGAAAAGAUGAACUGGUGCACUGACUUAACAUGUUCAAAAGGGCCAAAUAGCAAAAAUAUAUAUUACUAUACUUUUAGGGAUGGGUAUCUUGGCUGUUAGUGCACCACAGGCAUUCUUAGAGUGUGCUAAGUUACAAGUUUUGCCUUAUUAGUCCAUAUGAUUUUGUCUAAAGCCACCUUCGAUCGCUGCAAGAUCUACUAAGGAACUCUGAUGUGGACCUUCGUAUUAUGGCUGGUGAGGCUAUUGCCCUGUUAUAUGAGCUGGCAAGAGACUUAGAUGGGGUAACUAAAAAUAUUGCUUUCAGAAUUUUAUGAAGUUAUUAAAUGUAUUUAUUUUUUUAAAGACUAGACAAAAUUUUGUAUUGAAUUUUUUAAGUGAGCUACCACAUUGCUUUGAAGAGUACGGUAUAAAAAAGUUUUUUAAUUUUAUUCGCCAAGGAUUUUGAGCAUGAAGAUGAAGCUAGCCUUUGUGAGCUCCUGAAACAGUUGGCCACUGACUCUGUGAAACAUAGAGCCAAGAAAGAUAGACGCCAACAGAGGUCAUGCUUUAGGGACGUACAGCGUUAUGUUGUUGUAAGUUCUUCUAGAUGUGCUGUAAAGUAAUGAGUAUAUACUAACUUGACUAAAUUUUUACAUUUUAGCAAGAAAUCAUGAGUUGUUGUUUUUUUUUUACUUCUAACAGUGUAUUAAAUUAAAUGUUUUCUAUAUUGUGUAUUGGCAACCAAUCUGAGUUGUCAGUUUUAUCUUGAAAUAAUUUAAGCACUAUUCACUAAGAAAAAUCUAUGCAGCAACUGGUUCUUUAUGUCUGUUUACUCCCAGGUUUGCCAUUUUUGUGCUUGUUGUUGCAAUCUAUUUAUGUUAAUUGUAUUCCUCUAGGAUUUAGAGAGUCCUUGUGAAUCAGUGAAACUGGGUAAAGAGAACCUUCUAGAAUUGAACAGUUGGACUCAAAAACGCCAGUACGACUGUUUCUGUCAUGUGCUAAUGACCGGAACUUCUGUUCACAUGAAGGUAUUUACAAAGUUGUUUCUUGAUUUGAAUUUUCUUAAAAUCUGAGCAACCAAAAAGUGCUUACAACCUAUAUUUAAUGUUUUUCAAGUUUGUUCCAGAUACUGAAAUGCUUAAAUGCACAAGUUUUAUCCAAUUGUUCAUCUUAUUCUAAGCCAAUUCUUUUAAGUUUUAAUGAUUGUCAAGUUCAACUGAAAUAGCCCACACUCAGGGUCUAAAAAAAUUGUAGUCUGUGUUCAGGAAUGCUGCUCGAAACAGUAACCUUUUUAAAAUUACUUUAAUAUUUGUUUACUUCCAAUAUUGCUGCAGAAACUACUAGUAAAAAAUCUAACUUUACAUCUGUUGUGACUGAAGAAAGGUUGUUGUUUGGGACUUCCUGAUGCAGAAAUGUGACUAUCACUAUCAGAGUUUCUUUGUAAUUCUGACUUUUUUUAAAAUGCAAAAUUCAAUUUUUUACAAAAGGUUUGUAGAAUUCCUACUUUAAAAAAAAAUUGUGAUCACAACCUCAACAAAAAGUGGCUCACCUUCCCUUUAUAGCCUAUAAUAAAACCAUAUUGUUGAUGUAAUCUGUAAGUGGGUCAUUUUUCUACAGAUGAGGGCUUUUGUUAGAAUAUUGGGAAAGAAUUGUAAUUCAAGACAAGUUGUCAUAAUGUUUGCAAAUUUUGACUAACCCUGUUUUACAAACACUGAUUGCUUUAAGGGUUUAGCUUAUCUAGUCUAGAGAUUACCAAGACUAAUCUCUGCAAGUCUACAUUUUAGAAAAAUGUCUGUAAGGACAUGUGCAGAUUGUCACUUCAGAUUGAAUGACCUUAAUUAGUAUGAGCACAGUUAGUUGAAGAAACCUUUGAUUAAAUAAAUAUGUUAUGCAAGUUCUACUUCAUGCUUAUUAAAUUAUUUCAGGUCAAUCCCAUUCUGCGAGAGAUGUUUGACCUAGGAGCUCCAGGUCUUGAUGAUUACAGCCACACCAAGUCUCUGUCAAAAGCACAACGGGUUAGUUUUUCUAUUUCAUUUUUAAACAAUCUGGGGUAUUUUAAAUCUUAAUUUAGACAUUUUAUUUCAAAGGAGACUAACGAAGCUCUAAAAAAUAAAAUUUCGUUGUGUUGAAUCAAGUAAACACAUUUUUUCUCCUUAAUAGAAUUGUGUACAUUUUUUAAAUGAUACUUUUACCAAACAUUGAAACCAUAUUACAUUUUAAAUUGUCGAUUUCAUUUGUUCACUUUUAUUUUAUUUUUUCACUUAACUAAAAUGAACUUCUGCCUCAAAUUAUGAUGUGUUGGUCUGAAAAAUAAUAUAACUUUAAUAACUUUUCAGACAUUCAUCAACGCUGCAGCCUUUAAAGCCAGGACAAAAGCUCGGGCCAAGCACAGGGACAAAAGAGCAGUUACUGUCAAUGCUUUCUGAAACUUUCUUUUCACAUGGUAAAAUGAUUGUAGGAUAAGCUUUAUAUUUAAGUUAUGGUAUUUAACACAGUGUGUUAUAAUUAAAUUGCAUAACUGAUAUGGUAUGUUCUUUUAGUAAACCAAUUUGAUGCAGUACUCUUUAUUCGGACUGUUAUUUUGAUUAAAUUUGCCAACUUUAAAUUACAUUACUUCAUGUGUGACGUCAUUAUCCACCAUGAGCAUUUUAUUUAUCCAAAGCUUUUAAACAUUUCCUAAAUGCAUUUUAAGCUUGUCUGAAACCACAAUUUGUCAACUUUGAAAACGCUGUUCAAACAAGCAAUUGACAUCCAUUGUUGAUUACAUCAUCCAGUCAUUAAUUUUUUUCUAUGUGCUAUCCCAUUUCAAUCCAUAUAAAAUUAUAAAUGAUACCGCACAAACACCCCUUAAAACCAGCAGUUCAAAUAAAGGGUAUGCAAUGAUAGGACACCACACAACUGACUUUUUUGGCCCAUUGUGUUCUCAAGAAAACCAUUUUAAGGACACACGCUUUUCUGGACUUGGGUUAGUAAUAAUGUUGGCAUAAAAAUAAAAGCAGAUUCACCCUUGAGAGAUAAACACAAGUCAUCAGUGAUGCUUUUUUAAGUUGAGCUAGUUUGGUGUGUUUCUUGUCCCUUCUACUCACCUAGUGAUGUUUAAAACAUGUUUUAAAGAUGCAAUAAAGAACGUACACAUAUGAUUAUGCAAUUUCCUUCAUAUCUUAUUUGUUUGAGUUUUGAAAUAAUUACUUUGAGCAUUUUUGAAACCUUUUGUGAUUUUAAAGAAACAUUUUAAUUCCCUAAAUUAAGAUUUUAAAAAUUUCAUUUCAUUUUUUUUUUCCCCUCAAAUUUGUAAAGAUUUACCUUUUAAAAUUAUUUUUCAAACACAAUGGCUUGUAACUGAUAAUAGUGUGAAGUGUGAUUAGUUUCAUAAACUGGGAUGAAGAAAUCAAUUUAUUGUGUAAAUCUAUAGAAACUAUUGAAUUUGUCACUAAUGUUUUAACAUGAAUUAUUAGAUAAAAAAAAUUAUUUUAUAGUUCUUAUGAAAUUAAUUUUUGCCUCAGUAUUGUACAUAACCACAGAUGGGAUGCAGUUAAUGCAGAAUUUUUAAAGAUACAUUUGGAGAGCUAAAAUUUCAUUGUAAUUGGGGCUGAGUUAAGUUGUUUAUACUUUCGGUUUCUGAGUCAUCAGAAUCUGUGGAUUAUAUUCAAGACACUCCUGGCAAGUGCUCAACAGCUGGCCCAAGCAUAAUGCUUGCUAUCACUCAUUACGUCUGACUUGACUCAACUUUUAUGGACAUUUUUAAUUUUUAAAUUAUUUUUUUUUUGAGAUUGCAAAUUUUCCUAACAGAUUAUAAUUGUAAAUUUUUUUUAAAAUAAGUAAUGGCACAUUUGACAUUUAAACAUAAGCUGUGUUUAGUUGCAUUAAUUCAUGCUUAUUGAGAAACGCUGCGUUUGAUGCCAGGUCUGUACAGUGACUAGAUAAUAUUUAAAUCAAAUAGUGGGGGGGCUCAUCUUUUUAAAAUAGAUGACACAAGGUUGAACUGACAUAAUCAUAAUACAAUACUAAUAUAUAUUUGAAUUUAAAGAAGUUGUGAAUUGUUCUCUUAUUGAUAUACUCAGUUGUGGUGUGCUGCCUAUGUUGGAGGGUUUCAUCUUCUUUUUUUUUUUUUUUUUUGUGAAGUGCAGUGGUGACUGCUGCAAAGAAAUAUCACAGUUUUAAUUUUCCUUCUAUACAAAAUUUAUAUAUAUACUACACCAUUUUUAUUAUAUUCUAUAAAAAAAAACAACUAUUUUUUAUAUUUGAAUUUAAAGAAGUUGUGAAUUGUUCUCUUAUUGAUAUACUCAGUUGUGGUGUGCUGCCUAUGUUGGAGGGUUUCAUCUUCUUUUUUUUUUUUUUUUGUGAAGUGCAGUGGUGACUGCUGCAAAGAAAUAUCACAGUUUUAAUUUUCCUUCUAUACAACAUUUAUAUAUAUACUACACCAUUUUUAUUAUAUGCUAUAAAAAACAACAACUAUUUUUUGACCAAGUCCAUUUUCCUUUUGCAUAAGAAAUAAAUCUAUUCCUGCCAUAAUCAUGUCAAAAGCGUACAUUGAUGUGUGUGUCUGUGCAGUUUACUAUAAAAGAAAGCUCCAUGCUUUGUUAUGAGAAUUUUCUGGUCGAUAACAUUAGUUCUUACUAUUUUGGCUAACACCACUUCCAUUAUUUUAAAGGUAAUUUUGUCUGAAGUAGUAGUGAUGAGAAUUGUAUCGUAUUACCCAUGAAUGUUCUUCGCAUACCCUCCUGGAUGAAAGCCACCUUUACACAUGAAGGGUUUCCAACUAGGAAAUUCCUAUAGUAUGUGGAAGUUGAUGUAUAUUUGCACGAGUGUAAAUAUUUAUUGAUGGACAAAUGUUUUGCUGUGGAUAUUAUACUUACAACUAUAUUAACUGCAUCUUUGAUGUAUAUGUGGAAUAUGAAUAAAUAAUUUUUAUGUGUAUGAAAUUUCUAUUAAAUGUUCAGAUUUUUGAGGUUGUAGAUACAAAUGAUAAGCAUACAGGUUUUUGGCUUGAUAAACAUUAUGCAAGAGUAGUGGGACUUUGGAUGCUGUAUAAUACUAAUAAAACCUAUUUCGAUGUUAUAUAAGAUACAUGAUAUACGCUUCUUUUAAAGAAAAAACAACAAAAAACAAGGAUCUGAACCUUUUCUUCUGAUGUACAGCUUGGUCUCAAUUAACUUCUAGUUCUAGGACGCUUAACUCAAUGAAUAUUUUGUUAUAUAAUCAUGCAAGGUUCAGAAGACCUCUUUACAACAAUGAGCAAACUUCCAUACAAUGUUUAUUAUCUCUGACUGACCAUACCAACUUUACACUGAACACCAAAUGUUAGUGACAGGUUCAAGAUUAAACAAAAGUUAUUGGUCUGUUUUAAUUUUUAAAAUUUAUUGAGUGUUAACAAUGUGCUACCAAAAUAACAUAGACAUUUGAAAAUGCAAAUGAAAACAGUUCUUUAUCAAGAAAAGUUAUUGACUAUAAAAUGAAUCUCAUCAUUCGAUGGUUCCAUUUCCCUCUAAUUCUAAUAGAACAUUACCCUGUUGAAGUUAAAAGCUUUAAAAGAUUGAAGAAGCAUGUAGCUGUUGCCUUUAUGGGUACCUCAAACUUUUAAUAACGGAUCAAAACAUUAGGGGAGGUAAUUUCAAGUUGUGCAGGUUACUCUCACUGGCUUUGAAAAAUUAGUUGUGGAGAUUAAAAAUAUUUUAUAUUCUUUGAUUGAAAUCCACAUUGUGAGAUAUUGAUAAAAAUGAAAGAAUAAGUAUUGGUUGCGACAUUUCAUAGAUCAGAUCUUACUGUCAACAAGCUGUCAUUGUUGUGACAAUUCUUAGUCUGGGAACUAAGCAUACCGGUAUUCAAUAAAAAUCAAUGUUCCAAAGUGUUUCACUAUCACCAGUUCUUCAUUGAGUAUGGUUACAUGUCAGAAUAGUCUAUGCAUAUAACAAUAAAACUUGUUAUAUCUGUAUAUCAUUGUUUAUCUUAUGAGAUUUUUUUUUCUUCACACAAACGCUCAUCUGAUAAAUUUGUUUGAUGGGUGUUAGUGUUGGUUAACAUUUGACAUGUGAUUAAAUAUGUGGCAGCAAUGUUCCCUCUAAGGUUUGCUGGUUCCUGAUCAAAAUCAUACAGUUGUGUGCAAAGUUUUGCAGCAUUGAUUUUUUUGUGUUCAAAAUUUUACAGCCCACAAAUACAAACACACACUUGCAUGAAAAUUUGCUGCGCGGAUACUCAAAACUGCUGCGCGGUGUCUGUGAGAUAGCUGCGCGGCCACGCAGCUUAAAGGGAACAUUGUGUGGCAGUGGUUUUCAUGGAUAACAUUUUGUGCAUAUGAAGUGGACUGUGUAAUUGCAUGUCAAGUCCAGCUAAUGUUUUGUAAAUGUCUGUGUUCAGUGGAGAAUGAGGUUCCCCCCAACCACUCUCUUUGUGGUACAUUUGUAAUUUGAAACCUUGUUAUUGUUUCUUCAACUGAAUAUCACUUUGACCAUGAAAUGAAAUAAACUUUCUGAUUCCCUUCCAGUGAUGACUUGAUACUUUCAUUUUUAAAUAUCUAGUUAAAAAACCCAUUGAAAAGAGGUUGCGGAGGGGGUUAAUUCGAAAAAUGAGAACCAUCUUAAGAGUUUGGAGUGAGAUAUAAAUUGUAAUUUGAAACAUGAGAGCCAUCUUACGAGUUU